AAACAUUAUAAUUUUUUUUACAAUUUUCCAUUAAAUUUAACUUAAUUUACCUCAACAAAACGUUAAUACCUAAGUGCCAAUAUGCCCCUUAUGGACUUUAUAUCCUCCCUUACGGAAAACCCUUAUUUUGGAGCCGGUUUUGGGUUAUUUGGUGUCGGUGCUGGGGCUGCUAUAUUAAGAAAAGGCUACCAGACCUCUUUAAUACUGUUCAGGAGGCAUUAUAUGAUUACUUUAGAGGUACCUUGCAGGGAUAAAUCGUAUCAUUGGCUUUUGCAAUGGAUGACAUAUAAGGGGGCCAAACAGACACAACAUUUGAGUGUCGAGACUAGUUUCGAACAAAAGGAUAGCGGGCAUGUGAAGACGAAAUAUGAUUUUAUUCCUAGUAUUGGCACUCAUUUUUUUAAAUAUGGAAGAACUUGGAUAAGAGUCGAACGAACCAGAGAACAGCACACCUUGGAUCUCCACAUGGGCGUCCCAUGGGAAACUGUCCAACUCACUGCCUUGGGCAGGGACAAGGGAAUUUAUUUCAGCAUUUUGGAAGAAGCCAGGCAGAUGGCGCUAAAACAACAUGAGGGAAAAACAAUCAUGUAUUCAGCCAUGGGCAGUGAAUGGAGACAAUUUGGGCAUCCCAGAAAAAAGCGACCGAUAUCAUCGGUUAUUUUGGAUACGGGAAUUAGUGAGAGAAUUUUAAAGGAUUGCCAGGAGUUUAUUACUAAUCCUUCUUGGUAUUCUGAUAGAGGGAUUCCUUAUAGAAGAGGUUACCUUCUUUAUGGUCCUCCGGGUUGUGGAAAAUCGUCAUAUAUAACAGCGCUGGCAGGGGAAUUAGGUUUUUCUAUUUGCGUCUUAAAUCUUUCUGAGCGAGGACUUUCAGAUGACAGGUUGAACCACCUUCUCAGUGUGGCUCCUCAGCAGAGCAUGGUCCUUCUGGAAGAUAUCGACGCUGCGUUUGUUUCACGGGAGGAAACCGAAGAACAAAAAUCCGCUUUCCAAGGGUUAAAUCGUGUAACCUUUAGCGGGCUUCUUAACUGUUUGGAUGGUGUGGCAAGUACUGAGGCCAGAAUAGUAUUUAUGACUACAAAUUAUAUUGAAAGGUUAGAUCCCGCACUUAUACGACCGGGUAGGGUGGACUUGAAGGAGUACAUAGGGUGGUGUUCCCGUUAUCAAAUUGAACAAAUGUUUUUACGGUUUUACCCUGGAGAGAAUGCGCAUGCUCAGGCCAAGGUAUUCGCCGACUGUGUCACCGAAGAAAAGAAAAAUGUCAGUCCCGCUCAGAUACAAGGAUUCUUUAUGUUUCAUAAGCAUUCUAAGCCUGAGGAGGUUAUAAAAGAUUUUAAAAACAUUUGGAAUCUUUAGAAUUAAGUAUUACUACAUAAAGAGGUUUAUUGUUUUUUAA